AUGUCAAGCUGGGCUUACCUGCUGACGGCCGGUGUCGUUUCUUGGGUCGUCAAAGCCAUUUACAACCUGUAUUUUCACCCUCUCUCAAGAUAUCCGGGGUCUAAGGUAGCAGCUGUAUCCAGCUCGUGGUGGGAGUGGUAUUGGAACUACUACCACAAUGGCCGGUUGCUUUUCGAGGUGGAAAGACUGCACCAGCAGCAUGGCCCGGUGAUCCGAAUAGGGGUCAACGACCUCCAUGUAAGCGACAUGGCCGUCUACCAGGACAUCACUAAAGUCAACACCAACUUCACGAAAGACCCCCAUUUCUACCAGUUUAUUUCGUUUCCGGGGACGUCGAUAGGCGAGACAAAUCCGGCAAAGCAUCGCGUCAGGCGCAAGGUCCUUACGCCAGCGUUAUCGGGGACUCGGAUCCAAGAGCUCGCUCCUCUGAUUGAAGCCAAGACAAUCCAGCUCUUGGGCAGAUUCGACGAGUCGAAUGCGUCGGGUUCACCAGUCUGUGUCACGGCCGCGGCCAAGGCCUUCACCAUGGACAUCAUCUCCAAGAUAGUGCUGGGUCAGGAGCUAGGAUGUCUGACGAGGCCCGACUUCAGGAGCGAGCUCAGCGACAACCUAAACGCAGCGUUCGAGACUGGAUGGAUUGGCCCAUCCUUUCCAAACGUCUCUGCAGUUGCCAUGUGGAGCUGCGCCAACAUGACGGAAAAGUACCUGAAAAGGUUUGGCCCGGGAUGCCAGACGAAUGGCCAAGCAGGGCCAGCCACCCAAGAGGAAUUACGCCCCUUGACGGUUUCUACGGGCCGCGGCGAGAGGUCCGCCGUCAUAGACAUGUUAAUGGAUCCCAAGGCAGUAAAGGGACACAGCUUGCCUACUCUGGAAGAGCUGAGUGAUGAGCUUGCCAUGCUGCUGACGGCUGGAAGCGAUACGAGUUCGAAUGCCAUCAUUUCGGGGAUAUACUACGUUUGCCAUCAUACCAAUAUCUACCAGACGCUCCUUGACGAGUUGAAAGAAGCCUUUCCCAGUCUUGGUACGGACAUUACGUACGAGAACGCCAGGAAACUUACAUACUUGCAAGCGGUCGUUAAGGAGACUCUGCGGCUGGGCCAUCCUUUGCCAGGCCGCCUUCCGAGGAAAGUUCCCGCGGAGGGCUACACACUAUACGGCCAUCAUCUACCUCCCGGUGUUAAUAUUCAUACGUCGGCCUAUAUCCUCAACCGACACGCGGACAUCUGGGACAGACCAAAUGACUUUGAUCCAACGCGUUGGCUGUCGGAGGACGCUGCGACACUCGACAAGCAACUCACCACUUUUGGUCGAGGAGCUCGACAAUGCCUUGGCAAAGAGUACGUGUUUCGCCCAGCCUGUUGCCACAGGAGCUUCCCCCGUGCGAUGCUAACCUUUGGGCUCAAGCUUGGCUUCAUGCGAGUUGUUGGUUCUCUUCGCCAACCUCUUUCGCCGCUUCCGAGUGACGCUUACCCCUGA